AUGGCGGGCGGGGCCCGGGAGGUGCUCACACUGCAGUUGGGACAUUUUGCCGGUUUCGUGGGCGCGCACUGGUGGAACCAGCAGGAUGCUGCGCUGGGCUGAGCGACCGAUGCCAAGGAGCCCCCGGGAGAGCUGUGCCCCGACGUCCUGUAUCGUACGGGCCGGACGCUGCACGGCCAGGAGACCUACACGCCGCGACUCAUCUUUAUGGAUCUGAAGGGUAGUUUGAGCUCCCUAAAAGAGGAAGGUGGACUCUACAGGGACAAACAGUUGGAUGCUGCCAUAGCAUGGCAGGGGAAGCUCACCACACACAAAGAGGAACUCUAUCCCAAGAACCCUUAUCUCCAAGACUUUCUGAGUGCAGAGGGAGUGCUGAGUAGUGAUGGUGUUUGGAGGGUCAAAUCCAUUCCCAAUGGCAAAGGUUCCUCACCACUCACCACCACUACAACUCCAAAACCACUUAUCCCUACAGAGGCCAGCAUCAGGGUCUGGUCAGACUUCCUCAGAGUCCAUCUCCAUCCCCGGAGCAUCCGUAUGAUUCAGAAGUACAAGCACGAUGGGGAAGCAGGUCGGCUGGAGGCUUUUGGCCAAGGGGAAAGUGUCCUAAAGGAACCCAAGUACCAGGAAGAGCUGGAGGACAGGCUGCACUUCUAUGUGGAGGAAUGUGACUACUUGCAGGGCUUCCAGAUCCUGUGUGACCUGCACGAUGGCUUCUCUGGGGUAGGCGCGAAGGCGGCAGAGCUGCUACAAGAUGAAUAUUCAGGAUGGGGAAUAAUAACUUGGGGCCUGCUACCUGGUCCCUACCAUCGUGGAGAGGCCCAGAGAAACAUCUAUUGUCUAUUAAACACAGCUUUUGGUCUGGUGCACCUGACUGCUCACAGCUCUCGUCUGCCCCUUGUCCUUGGGUGGGACCUGGGCCUGCGACCUGAGCCACCUGUCAACUUCCCUUACCUGCAUUAUGAUGCCAUUCUGCCCUUCCACUGCAGUGCCAUCCUGGCUACAGCCCUGGACACAGUCACUGUUCCUUAUCGCCUGUGUUCCCCUCCAGUUUCCAUGGUUCAUCUGGCUGACAUGCUGAGCUUCUGUGGGAAAAAGGUAUGAAGCUUUGUGAGGGUGGUGACAGCAGGAGCAAUCAUCCCUUUCCCCUUGGCUCCAGACCAGUCCCUUCCUGAUUCCCUGAUGCAGUUUGGAGGAGCCACCCCAUGGACCCCACUGUCUGCAUGUGGGGAGCCUUCUGGAACACGUUGCUUUACGCAGUCAGUGGUGCUGAGGGGUACAGACAGAGCAUGCCACACAAGCCAGCUCACCCCAGGGACACCUCCACUCUCUGCCCUUCAUGCAUGUACCACUGGGGAAGAAAUCUUGGCUCAGUAUUUACAACAGCAGCAGCCUGGAGUCAUGAGUUCUUCCCAUCUGCUGCUGACUCCCUGCAGGGUGGCUCCUCCUUACCCCCACCUCUUCUCAAGCUGCAGUCCACCGGGUAUGGUUCUGGAUGGUUCCCCCAAGGGAGCAGCAGUGGAGAGCAUCCCAGUGUUUGGGGCACUGUGUUCCUCUUCGUCCCUGCACCAGACCCUGGAAGCCUUGGCCAGAGACCUCACCAAACUCGACUUGCGGCGCUGGGCCAGCUUCAUGGAUGCUGGAGUGGAGCACGAUGACGUAGCAGAGCUGCUGCAGGAGCUACAAAGUCUGGCCCAGUGCUACCAGGAUGGUGACAGCCUCGUGGACUAAAGUUCCCAGUGUGGGAGAAAGGAGCUAGUUUGCAAUAAAAACAGCUGGAUGCAGGA